UCUAUUAAUAUUAAUGGAACAAGUUGGGUAACAUGAUAAAGGGUGCUCCGAUAUCAGCAAUUUGUUUUCUGAAUCUCACUUUUUGAAACAAAAUCAGCGGUUCUCUGUGGAGGAAACAGAGGAAGCAUGGCAGCGAGAGAUGUGGGAGAUCCCGAGGCUGAGCCCUUGGCGGUGAUCGGAGAGUACGAGCUCUGGGAGAAGCUCGGCGGAGAAGGCCCCGGCUCUACGGUUUGGCGCGCGGUGCACCGGCCGAGCUCCUCCGUUGUGGCGCUGAAGCAAGUCCGUCUCGCUGGCCUUAGCCGUGCUCUCCUUGAUUCCCUCCGGUGCGAGAUCGAUUUCCUCGCCGGCGUCUGCCACCCCAACAUCGUCCGUCUCCUCGACUUCUUCCAGAUGGAUGGGAGCAUCUACAUGGUCUUGGAGUUCUGCCAGGGAGGAACAUUGGCGACUUAUAUUCAAAGCAAAGGCAGAUUGAAUGAGUAUUUUGCCAAAAAAUUCAUGAAGCAACUAGGAGCUGGUCUGAAGGUGCUUCAUGCUCACCACAUCGUUCACCGGGAUUUGAAACCGGAGAACAUUCUGCUUUCAGAUUCAACAAGUGAUCCAGUGCUAAAGAUAGCUGACUUUGGAUUGUCAAGAGUCGUUUCUCCAGGAGAAUAUGCAGAUUUUGUUUGUGGAACACCCUUGUAUAUGGCUCCUGAAGUUUUACAAUUCCAGAAGUAUGAUAAUAAGGCUGAUAUGUGGAGUGUUGGUACCAUCCUCUUUGAGCUUCUUAAUGGGUACCCGCCUUUUCGAGGCAGAAACAAUGUUCAGCUGCUUCAAUGCAUAAGGAGUAGCUCUUCUGUGCCAUUCUCACAACUCAUACUCCCCGGUUUGGAUCCAGACUUGGUUGAUAUGUGCACAAGGCUCUUAUCUGCAAAUCCAGUACACCGGUUGUCCUUGGAUGAGUUUUAUCACCACCAAUUCUUUCAGAGAUGAUGAUGUUCUCAACAUGUAUAAUUAAGAGCAUGCUGUAGUGUAUUUGCCAGAAAACCUGGUCUAAAACCUUAAAUCAUUGUGUAAAUUUGUCUUUUACUGUGAAAGCAAAGAAUUAAUUGUGCAUGUUCAA